GAUGGAGGAGAUGAAAGAGCGGGUUGAGUGGCUGUCUGCCAUCAGCAUCCUCUUCUUCUCCAUGACCUGCCUCGUCAUCGCAUCCUCCCUACGGGUGGCUGCUGCUCCCCCCGCUCCCUCCCUGCGCACAUCGUCCACUUCAAAGGAGCCGCAGGAGAAGAGGAGGAGCUCGCCGCACAAGCUUGAGUCAGACAUUGACGGCAACAAGACGUUGAACUGGGGAACCGCCUACCGCCGGCUGCCCAUCCCAACUUCGAGCUUCCUCCUGCGCCCUCAUGGGAUCUUCAAGUCGGUCAGGGAGGAUGUGCGGGGGCGCGAGCGGCACGAGGACGGGGGGUCGUCCCUGCGGGAAAUGUGGAGGGCUUUGAAGACCCUGGUGGGGACGGGGCUGAACAGCAUCGAAGUCUGGCGCUUCUUGUUCCUCGCUAUCGUGUUGAGGAUCUAUAAUGGGACGUGGACUGUGUUCCUUAUGCUGUCGUCCUCCUUCCUGCUCGUUCAGUCGUACGCCGCCACCUUCACCCACGAGUUGCCGCACAGGCACAGCAGGCAGCAUCACGGCUCGAGGCACUCGGAACAUGCGGGGGCUCGAUCCACUUCCUCACCUCGCUCGCCGCUGCACUCGCCGCCGCACUCGCCGCUGCGCUCAUCGAUGCCUCCCCCCGUCGCUGUCAGCUCGCUUGUGGAGUCGCAGAUCAGCUGCGAGGACGCGAGUUCUCCGCCGAUCUCGUCGCCAAUGGAGGAGCGAGGCAGAAACGAUGAGGGAGGAAAGGAGGAUGGCGAUGUGUUCUCGCGCUGCUCCAGCGAAGGAGGGUCAGGCAACAAGGGCCAGAGCCCCGUUGUCGACGCGUUUCAGUUGGCGUACGAGGACAUGAAAGGCGGCCUCGGCUCUCGCUUCCUGGGCUCCUCCUGGACCUUUGCGCUCUUCUACUCUUUCGUGAGUCGCGUCAAGGACGGCCAGUCGUCUGCCGCCAUCCCCGACCUGCGCGUAAAGCUGCAGGCGGCGGUGAAGGGGAAGGACAGUCUGCUCAAGGACCUGGUCGAGUCCAAGGAGUUCUCGCAGGAGGUGCUGGAUGAGCAGGUGGUGCUGGACUUCUGCCGGCGCUGGCUCGAGAUCCUGACGGAGAUGGAGCAAAGCAUCAAGAAGCGACGCUACGAGUUCCGUCACGUCUCGUCCUUGGGCACCGCCACCUACACCACCAGCGGCGCGUCUCGCUUCUGGGCUCGGGCGGUCAGGAAGGGAUCGGUGACGAGGAACGGGUCUGGCAACUCGGAUGCAGACGACUGCUCCUCGUCGCGCAGCCCCACCCGCUCUCCCGUCCUGAGGAACCACGACGCGAUUGGCCGAUACUUCGGAGGGGAAGGAGGAAGCUCGUACAACAAGCGGAUGGGCAUGGAGGAGAUGACGGUGAACGAGGCUGAAGCUUACCUGGAGAUGAUGGAGGACAAGCGGCGAGCCAGGGGAUUGAGCCUCGAGUAGCGCAGUAGCACCGGGAGAGGGAGAGAACAAGGAGGAGUGACGAGGGAUGCGGCCAAAGCAGGAAGGCGCUGCUUAGCCUAUGGGGCAUGCAGAGGAGGAAGGGAAGAGUCGCAUGGAGGAGCACAGGAGUUAAAAAGAGGAGCAGGCAUGGGAAGAAGGAAGAGAGGGCAGCAGAAGAGAAGGAGGGAGGAGGAUGGAGGAGAAGAGAGCAGAUGCGUGCGACGCUAGUAGAAACGAGAAUGAAUCAAAAGAGUGC